AUGAUGGGUGUUGCAGUCACAGCUCCAACAGAAGCUCCCUUCAGAUCAGACCAUUGGAAGCAUUUUGACGACUCAGUGAAUGCAGUGUCUUUUGGGUUUGUUGCCACUGCCAUCCUCAUUUCUAUGUUUCUUCUUCUGGCUAUCUUUGAGAGAUUUUUUAGGCAAAGAUCAAGUGAAGCCAGUGUUGCAUCUCCUAUAAAUCUUGAACACCAAAUCGACUUUGGUGGAAAGUUCGAAAAUUUAUCACCCAAGAUGACCAUUUAUGGAAGAGGUGUACUAGUGUUGAUGCCUGGAGAGAAGAUUCCUUCGUUCAUUGCACUCCCUGUGCCUGCACCAUGUCAACGCGAGCCCUUGUCAUGGCCUAAUUCAACAUACUUCAUGCUUCCUUGA